GGCUAGGCAAGCUGAGCAUUGUAGAGCAUCGAGAUGAAAAUAGAGCUCAUUCUACGUGGCUGUUGAGCGCUUUGCAGGUAUUGAUCUUGUAGCGGGAUCUGUCUGGCUGCAGGACCGUGGUUGGAUACAUUGAUUCCAGCAGAAACUCAGUAAGCAGCGGUGACCUGUGCAAAGUGCUGAUUGGAAUGGACCUCUGCUGAGGAAUCAAGCGUUGAGCCAAAAGAAUGUUUGGGCCAGGUGACCGCAGAAGUCUGGCUGUUUUGGAUGGUGGCAGCAGAUGGAAGCAGGUGUUCUUGGGAGUGCUGAGCUUUUGCCCUUGUCACGCUUAGGCUGAUGGCCAUGGCAUGCAACGAGAUCAGCUGUGGGCCUGAGCUGGCAUGGGCGGAGACUGAGAACAAGAGGAAGCCCCUGGUGCUCGAUGAGGAGUCACCUAUCAAUAUUCCAGCCAUUGCUGCCGCCCAUGUGAUUAAGGGCUACACUGCCCAGGCACCGGAUGAGCUCUCCUUUGAGGUGGGAGACAUCGUGUGUGUCAUCGACAUGCCAGCAAAGGAGCUGUCCAUCUGGUGGAGAGGCAAGCAUGGGUUUCAGGUUGUGUUCUUCCCGAGUGAGUGUGUGGAACUGAUUAAGGAUGAAGUUCCCCAGUCCCUCAUGGAUUUGGUGCCAAAGCCAGUGUCAAAGAAACAUGGCAAGAUCAUCACCUUCCUUCGUUCGCUCGUGAAGGCCCGCCCAAAGAAAGCGAAGCAGUGGGAGACGGUGAAGGACAGGGUGUUUGGGUGUGAUCUGGCCGAGCAUCUUCUCCACUCUGGCCAGGAUGUCCCCCAGGUCCUGAAGAGCUGCGUGGAACUCAUUGAGCAGCACGGCGUGGUGCGGGGGAUAUACCGGCUGUCCGGCGUCACCUCCAGGAUCCAGAAGCUGCGCCAGGAAUUUGAGUCUGAGCAGAUUCCUGAGCUAACGGACGUCCGCGACGUUCACAGCGUGAGCUCCCUCUGCAAAAUGUACUUCAGGGAGCUCCCGAGCCCUCUGCUGUGCGACCAUCUGUAUGAGAAGUUCUCGGAGGCUGUUUCUGCCGCUACAGAUGAGGAGCGGCUGGUGAGAAUGCAGGACAUCCUCCAGCAGCUGCCCCCGCCUCAUUACAGGACCCUGGAGUACCUGAUGAGACACUUAGCUUGUCUGGCUGGGAGCUCCGCCGUCACAAAUAUGCACGCUAAGAACUUAGCAAUCGUGUGGGCUCCAAACCUCUUAAGAUCACCACAGAGCGAGUCUGCCUGCGUCAGCGGAGGAGCUGCCUUCAUGGAAGUGCAGACGCAGUCGGCCGUGGUGGAAUUCAUCCUGAACCACACGGAUGUCCUCUUUGGCUCCAACUCCGCAUCAGACGUCGGAGAUGGAGCAGGGCACGGUUCCUCAUCGGGGCCCAAGUCUGCGGAGGUGUCUUCUCCUUGCACAAAGCUGCUCACACUGGAGGAGGCACAGGCACGGGCACGAGGCCGCAGCGGCUCUCCCAUCAUGACGGAGAGCAGGGAGAUUGAAGUGGGAGAAGGCCCCGCAGCUUUACAGGGGCAAUUCCACACAGUGAUCGACUUUCCACAUGAAAGCAAAUGUCCACCAAGGAAGACAAAGAACUCGCCAGCUGGCUGUUGGUGUUUGUGCUUCAGCCGGGGAAGACCAUCCUCUGUGGCCAAGCGCAGACUGCAACGCAAUCCCAGGGAGCCCUCGCCAACAGAAGUCACAGUCCUGGCAGGGGGACGAGAAGACAGCGGGACUCUUGGCUCUGCUAACAGUGCAGAAUCGCUUACCACUCUGCACGCUGUUGAAGGUGAAUCGAGCCCUUUUCAACCCGGAAGAGCCAGAGCGAGUAGUGGUGCGCUGUGUGCUGCCGUCAGUGGAGAGCUGUCAGGGAGCAUGAAUCGCUGCCCUUCAGAUGACAGCCUUCCACUUGGCGACAGUGAUGGGGACAAGGAGGUCAUCCACGUUUGUGCCCUCAUUUCUCCCGGCUCUGCUGAAGACGCUGUCCAGAGCGUGCCAGAGGUGACAGUCUCUAGCCUGGAGUGUGACCCAACGUCUUCCCAGAGCAGCCCACCCCAAGCAGAGUCUGAGUGCUCCGACAGCAGCACCUCCCUGCAGGAGCAGGACAGCGUCCCUGUGGAGAAGCAGAGCCUCUUGGAGGAGGACGUGGAAGCAGGCAGCCAGUCCCAGACAGCGGGCAGCACCACGAGCUCUGAGCCAGUUUCUCUGUGAUGAGAGAAGCUGAGUCUCUUCUUCGCUCUGGUCCUCUCAUGCCCUCCUGCCUUCUAAUGAAUAAAGGCACACUUGUGCUCGAUGGACACCUUGCCUGCAUUCCGAGUCUUCAUUCACAGGGAUUGGGAUGAACAGAAGAAAGAGCGAGGCACUUCGUCUUGCAGCAGCAUGGCUUUGGGGCUUGUGCAGCAGCCUUGGCUGCUCCCUAACACCUGUCUCCUCCCGCAGCAUCCAUUCCUGGCUGCCACCUACGAGCUGGCCCUGCAGAUCAUCUCCAGACGGGU